CCCCCCCGCACUCGCAUCCACCACAGUUCCGCACCGCGCCGUGCCGUCCCGAGAGAACAAGCGAGUCAGUCGUCAAAGAGAAGGAAAGCGGAAGGCGAGCCACCCGCCCCGCCCACCACCUACCGCGAAGGCUUGACCGUGGCAACAUCAUCCAUGUCCUCGUCGUCGUCGUCGUCGUCGUCGUCGAUGGGAGGCUCCCUCGCGCUCGCCGCGGCCACGGCCGUCGCGUUCUCCGGCUCUCUCGUCAUCUUCUCGCUCUGCCGCGCGCACCUCUCCCAUGUCCCCGAGCCGGAGCCGGAGCCGGAGCCGGAGGAGGGCGCGCCGGAGCACGCCCUGCGCCCCUGUCUCUUGUCGUCAGAGAGGCGGCCGCGCGGGGCGAAGGCGAAGGCGAAGGCGAGGAGACGCAGGGGCGAGAAGCGCGUGCGGUUCGCGCCCGACGUCGUCGACAAUGAGGGCGCCCCGCGCCCGACCAGGUCCUCCGCGCCCGCCACCGCCGCUGCGUCGUCGUCGUCGGCGGCCACCUGCAGGGACGCGGCGGGGUCGGAGGAGCGUAUGAUGCCUGCCAACCGUGAGGCGCUCUACCGCGGCAUGCUCCGGGACCGCUCCGCGCACCGGGUCACCUGCUCCUACUGACGACCCUCACCGCCGCCCGGCCGCGGCCAGCCUCCGCGCGCCGUUUCGUCCGCGGCGGGAGAGCUCGAUCGGUUGAUUCUCUUUGUUUCGUUCGCCGUUAGGCGUUAGCGUUCGGUAGCCGGGCGGUUGACUUCGGGAGGUUCAUCCUUUCGCAGACGGAGGAUUUUGUUAAUAUUAGAAUUUUAGUAUUUUUUCUUUUUUUUGUAUAUUUGUGUUUGGCUGUAGAUUAAUUAAUGUUUUUCGUUUGAGCGAGGGAGGAAGUUCUGCUCUGUAAAUAUGCCGCCAUUUUAUCCGAAGAGGAAAAGG